AUGAGCGUAGAUUACCUCCUCCACGAAAGCCCCGUCGGCUAUGCCGUCUUCAAGGUUGCGAUCCAGCCAGACACCAUUGGCAACCGCCUCCAAGAGGUGCAGAAGGCAGUUCAAGACCUCGACAAGUUCGGAAAGACUGUUGAGCUUGUCGGCCUUGCGCCGUUCCAGGGCACCCAAGAUGCUCUGGCCGAGAUCAACGAUGUCUCGGAAGGCAUCAUGUCUGACUUCUUGAAGGCCACUCUCGAAACGAACCUUCCCAAGGCCGGAAAGAAGAAGACGAUUACUCUUGGUGUGAGCGAGAGGAACCUGGCGGGUAGCAUCAAGGCCGCGUUCCCCAACCUCUCAUGCGAGACUAGCGACACUUCGGAAGUAGUGGCUGAUCUCCUGCGUGGUCUUCGCCAGCACAGCGGCAAGCUGAUCAAGAAACUGCAACCUGGUGACAUUGAUCGCUCUAUUCUGGGUCUCGGACAUGCGUACUCCAGGUCCAAGGUCAAGUUCAGCGUCCAGAAGCAGGACAACCACAUCAUCCAAGCAAUUGCGACGCUCGACCAGAUCGACAAGGACCUCAACACCUUCUGCAUGCGCCUGCGCGAGAACUAUGGCUGGCAUUUCCCUGAGCUCGCGAAGAUUGUCAACAGCAACGAGCAGUACGCAAAGAUUGUUCUGAAGAUUGGCGACAAGUCGAAAUUGUCCGAUGAGGACCUGCACGACCUUGCAGCAGUUGUGGACGACGAUGAGGGUGUUGCGCAAGCCAUAAUCAAUGCCGCGCGCACAUCCAUGGGCCGGGAUCUCUCCGAGGCUGAUAUGGAGAUUGUCAUGGCAUUCGCUAAGAGAACCGCUUCGUUGGCUGCGUAUCGCAAGCAGCUUAGCAACUACCUUGGAAGCCGCAUGAACCAGGUCGCUCCCAACCUGGCUGCUCUGAUCGGUGACACGGUUGGCGCAAGGCUGAUCUCCAAGGCUGGUUCUUUGACGAAUCUCUCCAAAUACCCUGCCAGUACUGUGCAGAUUCUGGGUGCAGAGAAGGCGCUGUUCAGAGCGCUCAAGACCAAGGGAAACACUCCCAAGUAUGGAUUGAUCUACCACAGCUCCUUCAUUGGACGCACAGGACAAAAGUCCAAGGGCAGAAUCUCGCGUUUCUUGGCCAACAAGUGCUCAAUUGCGUCGAGGAUUGACAACUUUUCUGAUACGCCGACUUCCAAGUUUGGUGAAGCACUCAAGCGCCAAGUGGAUGAGCGAAUUGAGUUCUAUGCGACUGGCGCCCCGCCUGCGAAGAAUGCAGCGGUGAUGCAGGCGGCCAUGAACUCUGUCAUGACUGACAUUGGCGUCAUCGAGGACCCCACUGCAACUGCAGCCGAGGAUGUGGAGAUGGCCGACGGGGUAACAGCGGCAGCCACUGAGCAAGCGGUGCGCAAGGAGAAGAAGGACAGGAAGGCCAAGAAGGCCAAGAAGGAGGCCGAAGAGGAGGUUUCGGAGAAGAAGUCGAAGAAGGACAAGAAGCGGAAACACGGCGAGGAGGAGGAUGGCGAAAAGAAGAAGAAGAAGAAGAGCAAGGCGUGA